UUUUUGAAAACGGAAAAAGUGGAAGCAUUAAAUGAAACAUAUUUGUAAAUGCGAGAGUGCUUUCUUGCCAACUGUUUAUUGAAUAAAUAAAAAUGUUCUAUAUUAGGGUGGCGGUGAAAGUUAAGAUGUCCUCAGCAAAUAAAAUUCGAUUUACUCUCAAAAGAAAAAAUAUGCCAUUAUAUAUCGUGCGACAAAAGAACAACCUCUAAUUUAGCCUUGUCCAGGUUUGCCUUUCUACACCCUUUCCUGGGGAUUUAAUUAUUAUAAUCGCCACCCUUAUGUCCAUUAUUUACGUUAAUACAAAAUAACAAACACAAUAUGUAAUGGCCGGCACAUGAUUCAAUAUCGAGAAGGAAACAAAAAUAUUCCCCACGAAGAGAUAUUCCCUGGAUUGUAAAAAACAGUUUCCAAUCAAACACAAACGAAAAAUGUUGGUCAAAACAUUUGCAUUGCUGGCUAUCCUCAGCAUCCUGUGCACAUCAAGUUGCCGGAAUAUUGAUUGUAAAGAAGGAACCAGAAUAAGAUGCAAGGAAAAGAUUCAGAAUCAAUGCUAUUUUGAAAGGCAAAGAUCCUGUUUUCGACAUUUUGCCACCAACUGUCACAUGGAGCUGAUGGCAUGCAAAUCAGGCAGAGAGUAUGAAAUAUGGCCCGAAAAAUUCUGCAAAUCUGUGCAAUUUUUGUGCCAAGAAGAAAUCGAUGAAUAUCAUUGGCCCCCAAAUGAUUUGUAUCAACAGAUUGUCCAUAUCCGAGAUAAUGCCACCAAUCAAUUUGAAUUGAUGCUACGUACUGAUGGCCAACAAUAGCCAUGAACAUUGAAAAGAUUCCUUUUUCAUUUUGUGGGAGAUUUUAUCAACAAAAACGAAAAGCCAACGUUUUGAUGAAAUUCUUUUAUGAUUUGGAAAAUAUCAUAAAUUAAAAAUUUUUUCUUGUACACAAUGAACGACCAAACGUGUAUUUCAACAAAUUCUCUUUGUGAAAUAC